AUGAUCGAGAACGGUUUUGAUUACAUUGAAGAACGUACUUACAAAAAUAAAGUAUACUGGCGAUGCACGCAAUGCAACAAACAAAAAUGUAAAGCUAGAUUACAUACAACUAAUAACACAAUUAGUCAUCGAGUUGGCGAUCACAAUCAUGCGCCCAAUCCGAGCGUAAGUGGAAUUCGUCAAUGUCGUUCUGAAAUUCGUAAUCUGACUAAAACAACAAUCAUCACGCAUUCUAUUGUUGCUACAUCAAUUGCCACAGCAUCUGCUGCAGUGUUAAGCCAGCUUCCGUCUAUCAACAACUUGAAGCGUACCGUCUGUCGACAACGUGCUGAAAAUCUAAAUUUUCCAGCAAAUCCUCGAUCAAUGUCAGAAAUACAAAUAACCGGUGCAUUUACUCUCACAAAGAAAAAAGAACAAUUUUUACAAUACGACUCAGGAAACCAAGAUUCGAAUCGAUUUUUAAUAUUUGCGACGAGUCAACAACUUGAUCUUCUUCAAUCAUCUGCAGACAUGUAUAUGGAUGGCACAUUUAAGGUCGUCCCUGAACUUUUUUUCCAAUUGUACUCAAUCCACGGUUCAGUUCAAGGAACUAUCAUUCCAUUGGCUUAUAUUCUUAUGUCACGUAAGAGCGAAUAA